AUGUCGGACCGACAGUACGAAUCCCCCGUAGCCCCCCGGGAGACACUGGAGACACUCAUCGGAGCGAUCCUGGGUGCCGGGCAAAACGUCAUUGACGUCGGGCUAGCACUCCGAUACAUCUGGCUGUGUUUCGACAGAAUCAAGGGUCGGUUGGACGAGGAGUGGGUUACGCACGGGGUGGUUGUGGGCGCUGAAGUUACCCCUAGGAAUUUGUUAAAUUACGUGGAGGUUGAGGAAGGAGAACCAUACGCCGGCGGAAACCCCGGAAAUGCCGGGCAGUGGCUGCGCGCGCUGGCUUUGGUCUUGAGUCCCAUCCGGCUAAACAGUCAGCUACGGCGGGAGUACCUGGAUGCUCUGACAGGACGGUACAAGGCGACGCUGGAGGAGUUUGCUGGAAUGCGCAUAAACGACUCACCCGGGACAUUUGCACUCCAACACGCAGCCUGGAACCAGAACACAAUCUUCCUAAGGCUGUCCGCUGCACUCGACAUGUUUCUGUUUAAAUUCAAGGAUCAUGAACACUCCAAGUUACGUUUCUCAACAGUCACCUGUCGCUUCGGCGACUGCGCGGGUAUCGGGGAUCUGCGCUUCAUAUUGAAGAUCCUGGGGCUGAACCUCACAGAAUUCUCCCAAUGGAUCUGGACAGCCUCCACCGCGGAUGAUCUAAAGCGCCUGCUUCGCCCCAAUGAAGAGAUCGACAAGCGGGACUCCUUCACGCCGUAUAUUGCGAGCAUGCGCCUCUGUUCGAAGAGUCCAUACUCUGCGACGGCUAAUCCAAACCUCCACAUAUUUGUCCACGCGAUCGGGUGCGCCAACCUCCGAGCGCGCUCGAUUAAUUCCCGGAUGGUGGGUGACGUGAACAUGCCGGACACUGUGGCUAACGCCGCCGUCUUGAACUACGUCAGAGGCUCGCGUUAUAAUCUGCAACCUGAGUUCUACCGGCAAGGGAGCUUCAAGGCGCCGGAGGGAGCCCGGGCUGCGCUGGAGGUCCAAUCAGCAGCCGGGUCGCUAGACUUGGAAUAG